AUGAGUUCCCCGGAGGAUCCCUGCUAUCGCCUCCUCACUGACUACGCAAACGGCUUCAUGGUGUCUCAGGUUGUCUUUGCUGCCUGUGAGCUGGGAGUGUUUGACGUUCUCGCAGAGGCCCCGGGGCCCCUGGCCGUGGCUGCCGUGGCUGCAGGUGUGGGAGCCAGCUCCCACGCGAUGGAGCGCCUGCUGGACGCCUGCGUGUCCCUGAAGCUGCUGCAGGUGGAGAUGAGGGGAGGAGAAGCUUUCUAUGGAAACACGGAGAUGUCCAGAAUCUACCUGAGCAGGGUCAGCCCGACCUCACAGUGCAAUAUGCUGCUGUACAUGGCCAAGACCACUUACCACUGCUGGGGCCGCCUGGCACAGGCUGUGAGAGAAGGCAAGAACCAGUAUCUUCAGACCUUCGGCGUUCCCGCAGAUGAGCUUUUCUCCGCCAUCUACAGGUCCGAGGGCGAGCGAGUGCAGUUCAUGCAAGCUCUCCGAGAGCUCUGGAGUGUGGACGGGAGAAGCGUGCUGACCGCCUUCGACCUGUCCCUGUUCCCGCUCGUGUGCGACCUUGGCGGUAAGUAUGAGACGAUCUUCAUCCUUUCACAGACACAGGGAAAAGCUCAGACACACCUUGUCCACUUGGCCGCAGGUGGGGCCGGGGCUCUGGCUGAGCAGUGCCUUUGUCUGUACCCCGGAUGUCACGUCACCGUUUUCGACCUCCCAGAAGUGGUGAGGACAGCAAAGGAGCACGUCUCAGUCCCGGAGGAAGAGCACAUCAGCUUCCAGGAAGGGGAUUUCUUUAAAGACCGUCUUCCGGAAGCAGACCUGUACAUCCUGGCCAGGAUCCUCCACGACUGGGCGGAUGGAAGAUGCUCACAGCUGCUGGAGAGGGUGUACCACUCCUGCAAGCCGGGUGGUGGCAUUCUCGUCAUCGAAAGCCUCCUGGAUGAAGACAGGCGAGGCCCUCUGCUCACACAGCUCUACUCUCUGAACAUGCUUGUGCAGACGGAGGGCCAGGAGAGGACCCCCAGCCAUUACCGUGCACUCCUCUCUUCUGCUGGCUUCAGAGACUUCCAGUUUAAGAAAACGGGGCUCAUUUACGAUGCCAUUUUAGCCAGGAAAUAA